AUGACGCAUUGUUUUGUCUUCAGAAUUACCUCAUCAGGGGCUGGUCUACUUUACCAUAAGUUGGCUUUUCGAGAAGAUGUUCGAACCUUCACACUUCUAAGUCUACCACUUGUCAUGAGCAAUGAGGAUGAAGAUAACUCAGGCUUACUCUCUAAGGAAGAGAAGUGGAGACCCAGCAGCGAUCAGCUCCGCGCCAUGGAUGCAUUUGUCUCAAGUAUGAUGCUUGAUGACGACAAUUGUGUUGGCGAUGAGGACGAUUGUGUGAGCAACGCAGAAAUCGACGACACCUCCAGUGCCGAGCGUGUUGGGCUCCGAGCUGCCAUCACCCCAGAACGCGUUCCCAACCCCUGGAUUCUACGAUUCUUCACUCUUGUCUGUGAGCGAGGUCUUGGGAACCCAUCGUUGCCCGAAGUACCCAUCUUAACUAAUGGCUGGCCAUCUCUGAAUCCCACUGUCUUGCCUGGCCUUGACUCGGCCAUAUUAUCUAUCGAAAAGGAGUUGAGAAACACAUCAGGUUCCUCCUCAUCACCAUUGGGCCGUGCUUUGUGGACAAUGAAUCGCGUGAUGCCGGAAAUAAUACGCGCCCCUGGGGUGGAUGUAAUCCCCAAACGAAAGCGUAAGGAUCACAUGGCGGAAGAGACCGUUAUUCGGAAGCGUCAGGCUAUGAUGUCCGAACUCUUUGGGAUUAGGGACCAUUCAGAUCUGAGUGAAACGAACUUGACAUUGGUGGCUUCAGCGGUCACUGGAAAGCAGCGGGCAGAGCCAGCCGAUCCUGUUGGCGACUUCAAUGAGUUCAGUCGAACCGAGCAAGGUGAUUUGCUCGCCAUCUCAUCGUCCAACUAUGUCUUCAGGCCUCUUCUUGGAAGCGCCUUAAUGCCUUUGGUCUCAUUCUCUCACGUUGACUGA